AUGGAUUUCUGGCAAGACUUGCUUGCAAGUAAUUGGGGAAGAGAAUUCGUGGCCGGAGGAUUCGGUGGCAUUGCCGGCACAAUCGCUGGCCACCCACUCGACACCCUUAGAAUCCGACAACAAAGCUCGAAUACGGGUUCAGCUUUUAGCAUCCUACGGCAGGUUGUCAUCAAGGAAGGACCUGCUGCCCUCUAUAAAGGCAUGGGUGCACCAUUGGCAUCGGUCACUUUUCAGAACGCUUUGGUUUUCCAAAUAUACGCUAUACUUUCACGAGCAUUUGACUCAUCCAUUUUUGCUAAUACUGACUCCGUCCCAUCCUACAAAGGCGUAGCCAUGGCAGGAGUUGGAACCGGGGCCAUACAAAGCUUGAUUGUCUCACCAGUUGAACUCAUUAAAAUUCGACUCCAAUUAUCGAAAAAAACCUCCCCGACCGGACCCAUUCACGUCGCUAAAACCAUACUCAAAACCGAAGGCAUACGAGGACUUUUUCGGGGUUUCAAUAUCACCAUACUCAGAGAUGCCCCCGCCCACGGCAUCUACUUUUGGACCUACGAAUACAUGCGAGAACAACUCCAUCCCGGGUGUCGAAAAACCGGCGACGAGAGCCUGAAAACGAUGUGGAUAUCAGGUGGUUUAGCAGGUGUUAGUAGCUGGAUUGGUUGCUAUCCUUUGGAUGUUGUGAAGACCCGAUUGCAGGCUCAGUCGUGGACAUCAUCGAGAAAAGGGUAUGACGGCGUCAUCGAUUGUGUGGAGAAAAGUGUGAAACAAGAAGGGCAUGGGGUUCUUUGGAGAGGGUUAAGAACAACUUUGGCUAGAGCUUUUGUUGUGAAUGGUGCUAUCUUUGCUGCUUAUGAGACUGCAAUGAGGUGUUUGAUUAAUCAACAAAGGAAACAACAUUCAGAUAGGUCAUCAUAA